AUGGCAAUAAUAACGACUCUUAUUCUUGUUCAACAAUAUAUUACUCGUUAUGUAUUAUCAACAGCCCUUGCACUGGGUGUUUUUGGAAAUUUAACUGCAAUAGUUGUUUUUUCACAAAAAAAACAUCGAAUAAAUUCAUGCUCUAUCUAUUUAGUGGCAGUGUCUAUAUUUGGUUUGAUAGCUGCUAAUUGGGGAAUCGCUCCACUCGUAUAUGCCCUUGAUCAUUACGAUUUAGUCAAUUCUUCAUUGGUAAUGUGUCGUAUUAGUGGUUAUAUUAUGCAAGUUUGUGUGAUGAGUUUUCGCAGCACACUCAUAUUAAUGUGUGCUGAUCGUUAUGCAUUAUGCAAUCCACGUGCUUCUAUUCGGGCUCUUUGUCGACCACAAAUUGCUUAUAGAUCCAUUGGAAUUCUAUUAAUUUUCUGGAUGAUAGUCUCCAUUCAUAUACCUAUUUGGAAAAGUAUUGAAAAUAAUCGAUGUAAUAUUUAUGGACUUUAUGGACAAGUAAUAAGUUAUUAUUUUUUAUUUUUUAUUGGUAUUAUACCAAUUUCAACUUUGGUUACAAUUAGCAUAUUGCUAAUAAAAACUUUACGUCAUUUACAUUCUCAUGUUCAACCAAAUGAUACAAGACGAAUGAAACGACGAGAUAUCCAGUUCAUGAAACUUGCACUAGCAGAAGUAAUUGUUUUUGUAUUCUGUACGGCUUCACAUCCAAUAAUGCUUCUUUAUACGACCAUAUCAAAUAGUAUAAUAUUGAACAAAAGUGCUGAACGAAAACAAAUUGAAGCAUUCGCUAGUUUUAUUACGCAGUCAGUACUUUUAUAUAUGAAUUAUAAUAUACUGUUUUUGGUUCAUGCUUCUACAUCUAAAACAUAUCGAAUGGAAGUCAAAGAAUGUAUAUUAAAGAUCAUCGGAAAAUUAAGAGGAAUCAAACAAAAUCAAGGAAAUGCAACUAGAAUAUCAGUAGGCGAACAACCACGAGCAAUUACUUAA